AUGCUUAAGAUGGCGACCCAUUACUCUGCUUUGGAGACCUUCGUGGAUGUGCAAAGCAGAGAGGAGUUUGGUUCCGUCAACCACGCCCUCUGCGCUUCGAUCCGCAAAUUUCUACAAGACUAUCUUAUCUUGAUCGCUCAACUAGAGACGCAAUUUCUCACAAACGACACAUUCACCCUUCAUGUUCUAAAUAUCCAUGUUCUCCCCACCAGCCAGAUGAUGUUUCAGCUCUAUGCGUUAGCGCACGAGUUACUAAAAAGAAACGCACUGCUGGAUGAUGAGACGGACGAAUCAAGUAACAGCGGCGACGACUUUGACCACAUUCUUGAGCAGCUCAGAGAAGGCGGAGAUUUAGUCCCAGGCAAUAUGACUGGGAAGAAGAUUUGUAAGGGAGGUGUAGUACUGGGCCUUAUCACCAAGAGGCUAGAAACAAUGUCAGGAGACCCAGCCGCUCGAGCGUUACUUACAACUCUCCUACGAGACGCCAGCCGACCAUACAUGGUCAUGCUGAACGAAUGGCUGCACCAUGGUGGGAUCAAUGACCCGCACGCAGAGUUCCUCGUUAAGGAACAGAAAAGUAUAAGGAGAGAGCGUUUGGAGCAAGACUAUACGGAUGAGUACUGGGAGAGGCGGUAUACCAUCCGCAAGCAUGACGUCCCUCCGCAACUCGAAGGUGUCAAGGACAAAGUGCUACUCGCGGGCAAGUAUCUAAAUGUUGUUCGGGAGUGCGGCGGAGUUGAUGUCAGCAAGGAGGUUAAAGAUGUCCCAACGUCAUUCGACGACAACAGAUUCCUCGACAAUGUCAAUAAUGCCUAUGCUCAUGCCAACGAGUCGUUGAUGCAACUGCUCUUGACAGCUCAUGGCCUCCCAGCGCGACUACAGUCCUUGAAACACUACUUCUUCCUGGACCCAUCUGAUUACUUCUCAUACUUCCUUGAACUCGGUGCUUCAGAGCUUCGUAAGCCAGUCAAGUCUGUUAACACCGGCAAGCUACAAUCGUUACUUGAUCUGGUAUUACGACAGCCAGGCAGCAUUGUCUCUCUCGACCCGUUCAAAGAAGAUGUCAAGGUGGAGAUGAAUGAGAUUACUCUAGUCAAGUCUUUGCAACGAGUGGUCAAUAUCACUGGUAUUGAACAAGGCGAGGCUUUACAGCCUCUUGCAAAUCAGACUAUAGACAAUGACAAGAACGCCAUCGGCUUCACGUCAUUGCAGCUGGACUAUGCAGUCCCCUUCCCAGUCUCCCUAGUACAAUUACUAUACUUUUGCACAGCUGAAGUCAUCGAGCCGAACUGGCAGUCUCUAAUGUCUCGUCUCAAGGAAAAGGAUGAUGCUCAGGGUGGCCCAAGAGGCUUGACUAGGACGGUGGACGAGUUGAUGCAGGAUCAUGUGGAUUUCCUCGACACUUGCUUGAAGGAAUGCAUGUUAACCAACAGCAAGCUUCUCAGGAUUCAUUCAAAGCUCAUGCAGACCUGCACCAUCUUCGCCGCCUACACAAAUUGGCUCUCUAGAGAGUUGGAGAAGUCAGACCCUGACCUAAGCGGGACGACAAAGCCACACGGUAUGACAGAAGAGCAGUGGCGACAGUUCCAGGCUGUGAAGAGCCAGAGGCAGUCUUCUUCCCACAAUGACUCGGGCAUCUCUAACAAGGAUGGGCAAGAUACCGACGCAAGGAUCAACAAUUUGUUUGAGAUUAUGAAGAAGUGGGAGGGCAACUUCAGCCGGCAUCUUCAGAUCCUGCUCGAUGCGCUAAACCACUACGCUGCCACGGAGACCGUAGUAUUACUCAGUCUUUGUGCACGGCUUAGCACUGCUAACCAGGGCACCGAGUAUGCUGGGCUGAGACAUGAUGAAGAUAUCGUGAUAUGA